UCUCAAUUGUUAUUUUUUGUCGGCGGAAACCAACCUGCACUGUUCCUUUAACCCUGGCCCGUCCUUGAUCGAGGGCUGAUAAUCCGUGAGACGGAGGGAGGUUUUCAUGGCAGGAUCAUGGCGGCUGAGUUGAGGCGGGAGAUGCUACCUGAUCACUGGUCUUACGGGGUCUGCAAGGAUGGCCGUAUCUUUUUCAUUGACGAUCAAACACGAACCACCACUUGGCUACAUCCCAGGACGGCUCUACCUGUCAACUCCGGCCAUAUGAUCCGCUCAGAUCUGCCUCGAGGAUGGGAGGAAGGUUUCAGUGAAGAAGGCGCCAGUUACUUCGUAAAUCAUAAUCAACGGGCAACAUCAUUCAGACAUCCAGUGACUGGGCAGAUUUCUCCAGAAAACACCGAAUACAUACUGAAGGAGCAACCAAAUAUCCACAUGUCCAAGCAACAGACAGACCAAAGGCCACAGAGCGUGGUCAGUGAGAGCUCCACAGGAGUAACUACAUCCACAGUGGGAACUGUUCCUAUUUCAAAGGUUUUAAAACCAAGCGGAAAAGUCCAUAACUUUGGAAAGAGGGAGCAAUCAAUUAAGAGGAAUCCAAAUGCACCGGUGGUAGUGAGAGGAUGGCUUUACAAACAGGACAGUUCUGGAAUGAGACUGUGGAAACGGCGGUGGUUUGCACUUUCAGAAUAUUGCCUGUUCUAUUACAAGGAUAGCAGAGAAGAGACUGUGUUGGGCAGCAUUCCUUUGCCUAGUUACGUUAUCUCACCUGUUGAACCUGAUGAUCACAUAAGUCGCAAAUAUGCUUUUAAGGCUACCCAUACAGGCAUGCGGACAUACAUUUAUAGUAUGAACUCUAUUAUUGGCUCACAGGCAGACCGUACUGGCAUGAGAACAUACUAUUUCAGUGCCGAUACUCAAGAGGAUAUGAAUGGCUGGAUCAGGGCUAUGAACCAAGCUGCCCUUAUGCAAGGAUACUCUAUAAAAAGAGAACCAGAAAAUGGAGAUGGACCGCGUGCUAUUCAAAGCAACCAUAUCGACAUGCAUAAGGGCCUUACCAAGCCAGAAGUGUAUCAGAGUAAAGAGCAUGCUCAGAAAAUAGAUAAGUUUGGGUCUGAGAAAUGUGAAGAAAUCAUGAGAGCGAGGGAUGAAGAGGAGUGGUAUGGCUUCCAAAAAUCCCCUGUGGAGAUAUCAGGCAGAAAAUUGAAUAACAGGGUGCAAGAAAAUUCAACAGAAAGCGACAUGUUUACUGAACGCCAUGCCUCAUCUCGACCACGGCGCAAUGGCGCACUUCAGCCUUCUGCAACAAGUACCGCUCAGGUGGACCAGAAUGGUGCAGUUGUUUAUCGGAGGGGCUUUGUGGGCCAGACUGGCUCAGAGAAUGUCCAGCGUAAAAGUUCAAUGGUGCAAGUAGAACACUGGGUGAAGUCGCACAAAGGAGAUAAUAGAAGCCUUUCAUCCACCCAGACUCUUCCACAUCGGACAGCAACUCAACCUCAGCCUUACUCAGAGAGUUACCAAACUCUGCCAAAGAAUAUAGGGCAACCUUUAGAAAGCUCUCCUCCUCCACAUCGUAACCUGCCAAGUGACUACAAGUAUGCCCAAGAUCGCGUUACCCACUUGAAAAUGACACAUGAAGAUCGCAGGGCUACGAAGGAGGGCACUGUAUGGCAGCUGUAUGAGUGGCAGCAGAGGCAGCAGUUUAAGCACGGCAGUCCAACUGCUCCAGUCUAUCCCUCGCAUGCCACGGACUUUAACUCUGGAUUAUCAAAAUCUACCUUUGAUGUUCCUCGCUCAAUCUCUGUCCCUCCAUCUCCCUCAGACAUCCCACCACCAGGACCUCCAAAAGCCCUGUCACCCAGAAGACCCCACACUCCUGCAGAAAGGGUUACUGUUAAACCCUCAGAAGAAAGGUCUUUUGAGAUCUUGUUAACAGGGUCACCGAGAAGAGCACGUGGCCCUUUGACAAAGAGUUCAGCACACAUUGAUAGGCGCUCCAUGCCUCCUAUGGGUUACAUGACGCACACUGUUAGUGCCCCCAGCUUGCAUGGAAAGACGGCUGAUGACACAUACAUGCAACUGAAGAAGAAUCUGGAGUAUCUGGAUCUAAAGGUGACAGGGCAAGAACCAAUAAGGCGUGCUGUGAAGCCAGUUAAAAUUGCAGAAAGCAACGCUGAUGCUAAGUUGACCAGGCUUUGUGAACGGGACAAAAGUCUUCAAGAUCUGGAAGCAAAAGUUCGUCAGCUAAAGAUAGAUAAGGAUAAACUUGAAUCGGUGUUGGAGGUAACUCACAGACAACUGGAUCAGUAUAAAGGGCAGCCAAACCACACUGAGAAAAUAGCUUAUCAGCAGCGGCUUCUGCAAGAGGACCUGGUUCAUAUCAGAGCUGAAAUUUCUAAAGUCUGCACAGAGCUGGAGAAUGCAUGGAAGGAAUAUGAACAAACAGAAAACGAUGUGAACCAGCUCAAAGAGACGAUCCUGGGACACAUGAAGAUGGUACCAAGCCUCCAGGAUCAAGAACAGAUGAGGAAGGAUCUGUGGAGGAUUGAGGAUGUCAUGGGAGGUCUCAGUGCGAACAAAAACAACUAUAGAAUGAUUAUUGAAUCCAUUCAAAAUCCUGAGAGAGAACCUGUGCCUUCCUCAACAGUGCCUUCCAUAUUAAACAUUGGUGCAAUGCCAGAGAGGAAAUCUACAACUCGGCCAAGUCCCCCUGUCAAUCCAAUGCUGCCUUCUCCAGAGCCUGUGGAAACACGAGCUCAACCUCAAACUCGACCUCAGCCACAGCCUCAGUUCAAGCCUCAAUCUCUAACUCUGCCUCAGUUCAAACAAGAUCCAAAUUUGUUAGAGGAUCAAGUUCCUCCUCGACCACCUCUCCCCCAGAUGUAUAGUCCUGAUGACCAGCCACCAGCUGUACCACCUCUUCCAAAAGAUGCUACAGUCAUCAGACACACAUCAGUUCGGGGACUGAAACGGCAAUCAGAUGAGAGGAAGAGAGACCGGGAGUAUGGCCAUUAUGUGAAUGGAGAUUACAAAGCAGAGCUACGUUCAUACAUGAGUGAUCCUGAACUUGUAUCAGUAGGAAGUGGCUUCAAUGUGACCACAGCUGGAGCCUUGAGACUUGACAGUAAUUUGCCUGGUAGAGGGGUGUCAUCAUCUAAUUCAGGGCUGCAACAGUCAUCAACCAUAGCCUCUUAUGUCACGCUUCGGCGGAAAAAAGAUGAAACCAGCUCUAAGGAAAGACCAAAGAGUGCCUUGGAGCGUCUCUACGGAGAACACCAAAGAGGUAGAAUGAGUGCAGAAGAGCAAUUGGAACGCAUGAAGAGACAUCAGAAGGCUUUGGUCCGUGAGCGCAAGAGAACAUUGAGUCUUGGAGAACGGCACUCAAGUUCAUCCCGAACUACAUCCAGGCCAUUUUCUGCUGAUGUUGGCUCAUGGAAACGUGAGCAAGAGUUUGAUAUGCAAUUAUUAGAAAAAGCAGUGAAGGGAGAGCAUAAUAGUGUUCAGGAUGGAUUAACAAAGUCAGUGCCACUGAUGGAAGCUGAUGUGGAGCCACUAGACUACAAUUUGGAUCUCAGCAAAGAGUUAUCAAAGCCAGAUAUGGUUCUAAUCCCAGAACGCUAUAUCGAACUGGAGCCUGAGGAACCACUCACCUAUGAAGAAUGCGAGGCAAGGAGACGCAAGGUGCAAAAAAUCAAAAAUAUUCUUGCCAAAUCAAGUUUUCGGAAUAUGCAGACAGGAGUCAACAGCAGAGAGAGUACAGCUGAUCUAGAUUCACAUCUGCAGGAACAGGAACGUAUUAUCACCAUGUCAUAUGCAUUAGCAUCUGAAGCUUCUCAGCGCAGUAAACUGGUAGCAGCGCAACAGCAGGUCCAUCCAUCUUCAGCACCUUCCCCUCCACACUCCCCUCUAAGCAAUGGAUUCCACUACACAUUUGUCUAAGCAAACCAAAGCACUGGCUGAACACUAAUAACAAGAGAGGAAGGAAGUAUUGAACAAGGAAGAAAGUGGGACAAACCUGCAAAGCUGCUCUGAUGAAGCGCAACAUGGUAUUUCAGUCAACCUGCACUAACCAGCCAGAAAUGGAAGAAAGUUUGUCAACUAGGUUUUUGUAUGGAACUAAAAGACAAUUUUUCAUUAGGAGGCAUUGAAACUGGAAUUGUAUUGACACUGAAUUAGAUUGGUUAUUUCAUUGGGAGGCUAAUUUUUAAAAAACAUAUGGAAAAUAUCUUGGUAGACACCACAACGGUGAAAGUUUGUUGAUUCACACUGGAAACUAAAGUUUUACUUAGCACAACGGGGGUGUGUGCAGUAGGAUUAAUUUUUUUAAGCAUAUAUAUUGUAUUGCACUUUUUAAAAUGCAUAUGAAAUGCACACACACGUACCACGAAAAGCUGAUUUGCUGCAUUUUAGAGUCAGAACGUGUUGAAGCAGAUUUAUAUGAAACAUGCAUUUAUUCAGAACAGUUUUGCAGUGUUUGUGAAAUGUGUUUAAUUUUAUUCGCCUGUGUUCAGCUGCAAUAUUUUAUGGUGUCAACAAAUUCUGUAAAAGAAAGAGUCGAUUCCCUGGUCCUCUCGUGAUUUACAUUCAAGUGCUCAUCUAUUUUUGAAUCUAAAAUUAAACUGCGAUAUUCCUACCGUUUUUGGAUCAAUUUUAAAAUGAAUUUAUUUUGUCUGAAUCAAGCACUGCCAGAAUGAACUUCUAUUGCCAAAACCAAAUGGAUUCUAUUGUAAUUUCCAUAGACACUUGCAAAGUGAAAAGCACAGCAGAAAAAUUAUUUUGAAAAAUGGAGUAUAGAAACAAUUUUGAAA